AUGGAGACUACUAGCUUCGAAGCCGCCAUCGACGCCGGCAAAAUCCAUGGCGCUGUUCUCUGCGCGACUGAUGCCAAAGGGGACUUCGUCUACAACAAAGCAAUCGGAACACGCACUCUGCUCUCGGGCGAAAAGAAGCCACUGGAGCUCGAUGACGUGCUCUAUCUAGCCUCGGCUACCAAGUUGAUUACCACCAUCGCCGCCCUACAGUGUGUCGAAGACAGCCUACUCACUCUAGACGGCGACCUAUCGUCCAUAAUCCCCGAGCUCACCACCAAGCAUGUUCUCACCGGCUUUGCCGAGGAUGGGAGCCCCCAGCUCGAGCCACCAGCCCGGCCCAUCACCCUAAAGAUGCUGCUUACGCACAGCGCAGGUACCUCCUACCACUUUCUAGACCCGCAGGUCGCGAAGUGGCGUGAGCAAUUCACUGAUACAAAAGGAGCCGACCGCCUUCCGGUCGAAGAGCGAUUUAGCUACCCGCUCAGCUUCCAGCCCGGUGCCGGCUGGAUGUAUGGAUCUGGUCUUGACUGGGCAGGCCGCGUGGUGGAGCGCGUGGCAGGCUGCACUUUGAUGGAGUUCAUGCAGCGGCGGAUUUUUGAUCCGCUCGGUAUUACGGAUGCUCAGUUCUACCCUGUAACCCGCGAGGACUUGCGUUCGCGUCUAGUCGAUCUCAAUCCAAGCGAUCCAGAUGCUCUCGGCCGUGCAGUUAUAGGCGGGGACGGCGAGAUGAACUUGCGGGGCCGUGGAGACUUUGGUGGACAUGGAUUGUUUUUGCCAGGUUCUGAUUUCGUCAAGGUGAUGCGAUCGUUGCUAGCUAAUGACGGCGCGUUGCUUGCACCUGCUACCGUCGACGAGAUGUUUCAGCAUCAUCUGAGCCCGGAGGCAACCGCUGGCCACCAAGCUGCACUUGCUAGCCCGGCGGGGAUCUUUUUCCGUGUGGGAAUUGACCCAGGAACGAAGGGGGGUUUGUUGACGCUCGAGGAUGUCGAUGGCUGGUAUGGUGAGAAGACCAUGACGUGGGGCGGCGGAUUGACGCUUGCGUGGUUUAUCGAUCGAAAGAAUGACUUGGGUGGUGUCGGUGCGAUCCAGGCCACAUUGCCGGUCGAUGGCACGGCAGCGGCUGAGCUGAAGCAGGCCUUCCGCCGCGGCAUUUAUUCUGAAUAUGCAGCAUGGAAGGAGCAGCAAUGA